AUGUUUCCUUCCUCGUCAUCAGUUCCGGCAAAUAACAAAAUUUUGAUCGGUGCUUUGCAUGCACAUGUCUUGUUCUCUUUUUGUAGGUACUACUCCAUGUAUGGACAUGUCGCUAAACUAGCUGAUGAGAUAAAGAAAGGUGUGUCGUCAGUUGAAGGCGUCGAAGCUAAAAUAUGGCAGGUCCCUGAAACUCUCCCUGAGGAAGUACUUGGAAAGAUGGGUGCACCUCCCAAGCUUGAUGCCCCAAUCAUCACACCACAAGAACUUGCGGAGGCAGAUGGGAUCCUCUUUGGUUUUCCUACAAGGUUUGGUAUGAUGGCUGCACAAAUGAAGGCUUUCUUUGAUGCAACCGGUGGCCUGUGGAGGGAGCAGAGUCUUGCAGGCAAACCUGCAGGCAUCUUCUUCAGCACUGGUACUCAGGGUGGCGGGCAGGAGACUACAGCAUUGACAACGGUAACCCAGUUGACUCACCACGGCAUGGUGUUCGUUCCCGUCGGGUACACCUUCGGUGCCAAGCUGUUCGACAUGGACAAAGUUCAGGGUGGCAGCCCGUACGGCGCAGGCACAUUUGCCGCCGAUGGUUCGAGGUGGCCAUCUGAGAUGGAGCUGGAGCACGCCUUCCACCAGGGCCAGUACUUUGCGAGCAUCGCGAAGAAACUCAAGGGAUCUGCUUGA